GCCAGCCGCUCGAGCUGAGAUUUAAGCUAAACAAAGCUAAGCAUAAUCCAAGCCACGCCCACAACAAAGGACACCAACGCCUUCUGCCCAGACACAUAUACAUAUUAGUACUUUUUUUGUUCAGUGUAGUUGUGUGUAUUCGUAACUUCCAUCAGCUGCAUUGCGCAUACGCCAUGUCGGCCCUUCGUCUGCCACUCUGCCUGCUCGGCCUGCUGCUCCUGCUGACUGGCCACGCCCACGCCGCCUACAAGCUGCAGGAGCGCUACAGCUGGAACCAAUUGGACUUCGCCUUUCCCAGCGAAAGGCUCAAGGAGCAGGCCAUAGCCAGCGGCGACUACAUACCCCAGAAUGCACUGCCCGUUGGCAUCGAACACUUCGGCAAUCGUCUGUUUGUCACCGUUCCGCGCUGGCGCGAUGGCAUUCCGGCCACAUUGACCUACAUCAAUAUGGAUCACAGUCUGACAGGCUCACCGGAGCUCAUACCAUUUCCGGAUUGGCGCAGCAAUACGGCUGGCGAUUGCGCAAACAGCAUCACGACAGCCUAUCGCAUCAAGGUAGAUGAGUGCGGUCGUCUCUGGGUGCUGGACACGGGCACCGUGGGCAUUGGCAAUACCACGACCAAUCCGUGCCCGUACGCUGUGAACGUCUUCGAUCUGACCACAAAUACGAGAAUCCGACGCUACGAGCUCCGCCCCGAAGACACAAAUCCGAACACAUUCAUUGCCAACAUCGCUGUGGACAUUGGCAAGACCUGCGACGAUGCUAUGGCAUAUUUCUCCGAUGAGCUGGGCUACGGCCUGAUCACGUAUUCCUGGGAGCUGAACAAAUCCUGGCGUUUCUCGGCUCACUCCUACUUCUUCCCGGAUCCAUUGCGCGGCGACUACAACAUCGCUGGCCUAAACUUCCAGUGGGGCGAGGAGGGCAUCUUUGGCAUGGCCCUGUCGCCCAUCCGUUCCGAUGGCUAUCGCACUCUCUACUUUAGCCCCUUGGCCAGCCAUCGCCAGUUUGCGGUGUCCACGCGCAUUCUAAGGGACGAGUCACGCACCGAGGAUAGCUAUCACGAUUUCCUUGCUUUGGAUGAGCGCGGACCCAAUGCCCACACGACAGCCCGCGUGAUGAGCGAUGAUGGCAUCGAACUGUUCAAUUUGAUCGACCAGAAUGCCAUCGGAUGCUGGCACUCGUCGAUGCCCUAUACGCCACAGUUCCAUGGCAUUGUCGAUCGCGACGAUGUGGGCCUGGUCUUCCCGGCGGACGUCAAGAUUGAUGAGAACAAGAAUGUUUGGGUACUCUCCGAUCGUAUGCCCGUCUUCCUGCUCUCCGAUCUGGACUAUAACGAUGUCAAUUUCCGCAUCUAUACCGCCCCACUUGGCGCUCUCAUCGACAACACCGUUUGCGACUUGAGGAACAAUGUCUAUGGUCCCUCAAAUUCGGUCAGCUUGCCCAAGCAGCAGCCUCAGCAGCCGUCGUUGCCGGUCGCUCCACCUAUCUAUAAGCCCUAUCGUCCCGCUGGAUUGCCCCAGAAGCCGCAACUCUCAACCAGCUGGGCGCCAGCGCCUCCUAGUCGCAACUAUCUUCCCGCAGCAGCUCCUUCCGCUGGACCGGGACAGAGUAUCUCCAGCGUCAGUGUUUCGACCGGAGUGGAGGUGCCCAAGGCAUAUGUCUUCAAUCAGCACAACGGCCUCAACUACGAGACGAGCGGACCCCAUCUCUUUCCAUCCCAUCAGUCCAUUUCGCAGCGCGAGGGCCUGAAGAGCUAUGUGAAUGCCCGUCAAUCCGGCUGGUGGCACCACCAUCAUUGAGACAACUAGCUCAGUCUUUCCCCAGUUGUCUCUCUCGCCAAUUUUUUUUUUUUCGUC